CUCUGCCCUUCCAUUUCCUGUCUGCCCCAGGCCGUGGUGACUCACUCUGUUUGCUAUGUCCAUUUAGGAAUAGAGUAGGGCUCUCUGCUACUGCUGAAAUGCCUUUCUACUGCUCCUCAGACCCACUUAGGCAGUGUGGACAGGUGCCAUCCGACUGAGGUGGGAUAGGACAGGGUUUGGCAGUGUGUGCCACUUGGACCCACCAAAUCUUCUCCAUGAAUCAUUUGUCCACUGUGGCUGUUGCUCUGGACAUUAAUCUGGUUUUCUGUCCUGUCGCUACCAUUCCACAGUGUUGAGCAAGUGUGAUAUCCUUAGGCAAUGGCUACUGUAGUGUGUGGCGGUGAGCCAAAGGACCCAACUGCGGGUCAGCAUUACCUUUUCCCCAAGCCAGAUUGGCAGUUUGCUGUGCAGUGUACUGUUCUACCAAUGUGUCCCGUGUGGGGAUAGUUCCAGGAGAUGAAAGAGAAGAAGAGAAAAAAGCAGACCACUUACAAAGCACUCGAGUCUUCCAUCUCAUCACCAUGGCGGUCGCCUUUUAACGUUUGCACCCCAGCUCAGUUCUUUUGGCUAGACUUACAGUCAUUCCUGUGAGACAUCUAUGCACAUUUCCUCAAGUGUCUUCCUCCUCCCUAAUGUGUAAUACUUCACCGUGGACCGGCUACUUUAGAUAAGAAAUGACCAGCAAUGAAUAGUAGUAAGAUAUGUGCUGAUUAGAAGUCGCCCUUGUGCAGUGUGAAGGAAAAGCUGCGCUUUACAAAAAUGGGGUUUGGGAGCGACCUGAAGAAUUCACAUGAAGCUGUGUUAAAAUUGCAAGACUGGGAAUUACGCUUACUGGAAACAGUGAAGAAAUUUAUGUCUUUGAGAAUAAAAAGUGAUAAAGAAUAUGCAUCUACUUUACAGAACCUCUGUAAUCAAGUUGAUAAGGAAAGUACUGUCCAAAUGAAUUAUGUCAGCAAUGUAUCCAAGUCUUGGCUCCUCAUGAUUCAGCAGACGGAACAGCUUAGCAGGAUAAUGAAGGCACACGCGGAGGACCUGAACUCGGGGCCCCUGCACAGGCUCACCGUGCUGAUCAAGGACAAGCAGCAGGUGAAGAAGAGUUACUUAGGGGUUCACCAGCAGAUAGAGGCCGAGAUGACCAAGGUUACAAAGACAGAAUUGGAGAAAUUAAAAUCUAGCUAUAGGCAACUAAUAAAAGAAAUGAAUUCUGCCAAAGAGAAAUAUAAAGAAGCUUUAGCCAAAGGGAAAGAAACAGAAAAGGCCAAGGAACGCUAUGACAAGGCCACAAUGAAACUUCACAUGUUGCAUAAUCAGUAUGUGUUGGCAUUGAAAGGGGCCCAGCUGCAUCAGAACCAGUAUUAUGAUACCACGCUUCCACUGCUUCUGGACUCCUUGCAAAAGAUGCAAGAAGAAAUGAUAAAAGCGCUAAAAGGUAUAUUUGAUGAAUACAGCCAGAUAACCAGUCUUGUUACAGAGGAAAUCGUGAAUGUCCAUAAAGAGAUCCAAAUGUCAGUUGAAGAGAUAGAUCCCAACACAGAAUAUAAUAAUUUCAUAGAGGUUCAUAGAACAACAGCUGCUAAAGAACAAGAGAUAGAAUUUGACACAUCCUUAUUAGAAGAAAAUGAAAACCUUCAGGCAAAUGAGAUCAUGUGGAAUAAUUUAACAGCAGAAGGUUUGCAAGUAAUGGUGAAAACGUUAGAAGAAGAACUUAUGCAGACACAGCAGCUGCUUUUAAACAAGGAAGAAGCUUUCCUGGAGCUAGAGAAGAGGAUUGAAGAGUCUUCUAAGACCUGUGAAAAAAAGUCUGACAUUGUCCUUCUGCUGAGCCAAAAACAGACACUUGAAGAACUGAAACAAUCAGUCCAGCAGCUAAAAUGCACUGAGGCAAAGUUUACAGCACAGAAAGAAUUACUAGAGCAAAAAGUACAAGAAAAUGAUGGGAAAGAGCCCCCUCCUGUAAUAAAUUAUGAAGAAGAUGCACGAUCAGUUACAUCUAUGGAAAGAAAGGAGAGGCUAUCCAGAUUUGAGUCUAUUCGCCAUUCAAUUGCUGGAAUAAUUAGGGCUCCAAAAUCUGCACUUGGCUCUUCAGCACUUGCUGAUGUGAUUACUGCAAGUGAGAAGCCCCUGGCGGAUCAAGACUGGUACCAUGGUGCGAUUCCUAGGAUAGAAGCACAAGAGCUGUUAAAACAGCAAGGAGACUUCUUGGUGCGAGAGAGUCAUGGGAAACCCGGUGAAUAUGUCCUUUCUGUAUAUUCUGAUGGACAAAGGAGACACUUUAUCAUACAAUAUGUUGAUAAUCUGUACCGAUUUGAGGGCACUGGGUUUUCAAACAUCCCUCAGCUUAUCGAUUAUCACUAUACAACAAAGCAAGUUAUCACUAAGAAAUCAGGUGUUGUUCUCCUGAAUCCUAUUCCUAAGGAUAAGAAAUGGAUUCUCAAUCAUGAAGAUGUCACUUUGGGAGAGCUACUGGGCAAGGGAAAUUUUGGUGAAGUAUAUAGGGGUACGUUAAAGGAUAAAACUUCUGUUGCUGUUAAAACAUGUAAGGAAGAUCUUCCUCAGGAACUGAAAAUAAAAUUUUUGCAAGAAGCCAAAAUUCUCAAGCAGUAUGAUCAUCCCAAUAUUGUCAAACUUAUAGGAGUUUGCACACAAAGACAGCCUGUCUACAUCAUUAUGGAACUUGUCCCAGGAGGUGAUUUUCUCUCCUUUCUGAGAAAGAAGAAGGAUGAAAUUAAAGUCAAACAGUUAGUGAAGUUCUCCUUAGAUGCUGCUGCUGGAAUGUUGUAUCUUGAGAGUAAAAACUGUAUACACAGGGACCUUGCUGCAAGAAACUGCCUGGUAGGUGAAAAUAACGUUCUGAAAAUCAGUGACUUCGGAAUGUCUCGUCAAGAGGAUGGAGGGGUGUACUCAUCUUCUGGCUUAAAGCAGAUUCCCAUUAAAUGGACGGCGCCAGAAGCUCUUAAUUAUGGGCGAUACAGCUUCGAGAGCGACGUGUGGAGCUUCGGCAUCCUGCUCUGGGAGACCUUCAGCCUGGGCGUCUGCCCGUACCCCGGCAUGACGAACCAGCAGGCCCGCGAGCAGGUGGAGAGAGGGUACCGGAUGUCAGCUCCUCAACACUGCCCGGAAGAUAUUUCUAAAAUCAUGAUGAGGUGUUGGGAUUAUAAGCCUGAGAACCGCCCUCAGUUCAGUGACCUUCUGAAAGAGCUCACCGCCAUCAAGAAGAAAAUGACAUAGCCACCGAACCGCGCCACUGCUGGCCUCAGGACUUGUCCUCCCGCAGAAUGCUAUCAUUUGUCUUAUUCUGCUUAUAAUCCUAAACAGUGAGUUUAGACUGCGUUACCAGCAGCCAUCUUCUAAGGUUAUUUUUUUUAUUAACUAGGUUUUGUAAAAAAAAAAAAAAUGUUCCACUUUUAAAAUAUGUCAAAAGCAAAUUUAUUAUAGAACUAGUCCUACCAAGCAAGGGCUUUAUGUGUUAACCACAGCAAUCCUACCAUUACAGGCCACUGUAAAUAGAAAAGCACCGGCUCUAAAUGUGAAGGAUAAAGAUCUAUUUUCACACCUAGCACCACUGAUGUUUCUCAAACUUUCUACUUCAUGCAGUUUGUGGGCUGCUGCCGUAUGCCCCAGACACUCCUCAGUUGGUGCUAUGAACUGCAUGGGUAAUGCAUGUUUGCAGGACAUGUUCCAACCACAGUACGCUUUCUGCUUUUCCAAGGUAAGAUUAUAUCAGUGCAUAUAAUCUUAUUUUGGGAAUUACUUGGGCCUCCCAGGGUCUUUGAUUUUUCUUGCCAGAAAUAAGCAUCAUCAUGCUUCUGCGAUGUUAUUGUUGAAGUGUUUUUUUCCUCUCAAGAUCAGAAAAUGCUAAAUGAAAUGCCCUCAAAGAACAUGCUGUGGAAGUUGAGGAAACUGCUUCUAUAGAAUGUGACAAAGAUCUAGAGCAGUGGGCAGCAAGCGUGACCAGGGUGGCAAUCUGUGGGGAAAAGAGCAAGAACAGCGACCAAAGAGGGAACAGAAAACCACGCAACCCACCCUUCUCACCGGAGCUGGGCCUUAGCAGCACAUGCACACGUUUGUGUCUUUUUUGCUGUGGCGGUCUGAAUUCCCCAAGGAAUGUUUUAGAACUUCACAAAUCCACAGCAUACUUCCAAUUAUAUCUUCACUUAGAGAGGGCAUCUCAGAAUUCUCUUCUUUUAUAACAGUUGACAAAGUUGUCAGAAUUCAUGAUUUAGUUCACCAAGACCUUGGUGUUUACACAUAGGUAUAAAUAUCAGUGAGUAAAAAGACCUAGGCCAGAUGCUUCUUUGUACAUCCCCCCCACCCCCCACCCCCGCCAUUUACCCUCUGCUGCUACCUGGAAAUCUUUCUCAGUAACUGGCAGAUAAGCAGGCAGUACUGAGGAUGUUCCAUGUGGAUAAAUGUAACAGUUGAAAAUAGGAUUCUAUUGAGCUGAACUGUGGCUGUAUCCAGGGAACCCACCCCGUGAUGUGUAUAUAGUUGCCUCUCAGGAUAAUAAGUGUGCAGGACAUGGUGCCCCUCAGGGGCAAAUGUGACUUCCAGGUCUUUUUAUGCAUUCUCAGGCUUUUGUCUAGGUAAACAUGCCCUUAGUCAAAUGGUCUGUGUUCAUUGGAAGAACCUAAGGGAUGGGAAAUGUUCCUCUCUCUCCAGCUCUUCGUUGCCUGUAAAUGCCAUGGUGUAGAACUCACUGUUAGAUCAAUACCCUUGCAGAUUUUGUACAUUUUAAAUUAUAAUUUAGUUCAUCCACAUUUACACGAAAGCAUAACAAACCUGCCCUCAAAAGCGAGAUUGCACCAUACAAAGUGACUUCUUUUUAAUUAGCAUGGCUCUCCCUUUGAUCAAAUAUUGUAAAUAUGUGGGGCCUUUUUUGAUGGCCCAUUCCACAGAAAAUCAGAGCACAGACUUAUGAAUUAAGGGCUAUGAUCCUCAAGCACUCACUAACCUACAAAGGGGAGAAUAGGUUAUUUAUACCCCUUUUGGUAUUUCUAAAUGAAUCUUGUAAUAUUUUUUGUCUACUAAAGACAGAAAGAAAAAAUCAGCUCCCUUCCCUUAGUGGCAGCAGCAGUGCUAAGCUCUCAGCAACAGAGAGAACGAUGGUUUAAUUUCGUGAGCAGGCCCUGAAGCUUAAUCCUUGCAUUCUGGUAUAAAGAAUGAAUAUGGCAUUGACAUUUCACUCAUCCAAGCUGCUAGAAUUUGCAAUUCACAUCAUAACUGUGCUUAAAUUUAAAAAAAAAAAAAAGCUUUUCAAAACAUCAUGGCAUCUGCAGCACUUAAAUUCAAUUUCAUCCUUUCUCCCUAAACAGUGAUACAGUUCAAGAUUAAUACCCAUUGGGAGUCUUGCAGGACCAUAUCAGUGGUAUAGAAUAUUAACUUUAAUAUAGUCACAUGCAUUAUGAAAAGCUUAUGCAAACUAUUUUUUCAGUUAAUUUUGUUAUGCUUGAAGCAUAAUUUAUUCAUCCCUUCUGUCACUGAUAAUCAUUGGAAUUAUGUACUUUAGGAGGGCUAAUCCAUACCCAAAAAGCACACAUACAAAAACUCUUCUGAAUUUGCAAGUUAAUGUGGGGGAAAAGAGGCUUCAGAAGUGCACAAAAUCCUGUGGUUUGUUUAGUAGGAAAACAAGUGUAACCAAAACUGCCACUGGUCUGCAUAUAAUUGGGUCUGGCUGCAAAUCUUUUCAUUAUUAAUGUAUUAUCCAAGAGUCACACAUGCACACACAUAUACACAUAUGUGUGUACACACUUUAUAUGUUACGUAUACAUAAAUAUCACUACUGUCUAGUUCUGCUGAUAGCCCCUUAAGUUUAUUAACCCAGCAAUGGAGGAGAAGGGGAAAACAUAGGCAGUCUGAAUCACCAAGGGGCCUUUGAGAAAUAGAUAGGUAGGCUGUCAUUUUUCAAAGAAAUGCAUUUUUUAAUGUUACCUAACAUUACCAAUAUGUGAAACCUAAAAAUUUCUAUUCCAUGUAAUCAAGGUACUUCCCAAAGUUAUUUGCUUUCUAGAAAUAAAAUAAUUAUCAGGUUUUGUUUUAAAACCUGAGGCUUUAUUUCAGCCCAUCCUACCACAAGAGCCCCAAUGAAAACUUUUUGUAUAAUCAUGUCUCCUAACUAUUGUAUGUAGGAAGUCAGAGCCCCCAUACAAAACCAAGUACAGCAAAGUUAAUAAAAGCAACAAAGAGAUGUAUCAAUAUCUUAAUUCAUGGAAUCAAAGAAACUGAGUUUCUUACCUUUCCAUCUAUGAUUGUUUCCAUUCUACUAUUAAGAAAGUUUAUUACCAUUAAAGUAUUACCUCUUAUUGUUAACUGUUUUAUGCAUCUAUAUCAGAAUUGGUUUAUUAAAUCUUUUGGUUUUAAUUUUCCUGGUUUGGUUAGUUUCAUAUCAAGUCUGAAUUAGUUUUUAAAACCUAGGAUUACAUCUAGAACUAAAAUUCUGAAAAAAAAAAAAAAGGUACCCUGGUUUUUAAAGUCAGAAUUUCAUGCACUAUGAUUGUUUUCUUGGAGUUAUUGGUAUAGACUUUAAAGAUGCAUAAAAAUCUCCUUUAAAAAUGGUGACUAAACUAUGCCUUACCCAUUAGCUUAAGAAAUUUAGUGACCCUUGAAAUCCAUACCCUUUCCUUAUACUAAUCUUCAUCUGAAGAUUAAAUUCUGAGUUAAGUGUCAGCAUUCACAUAACAAUUCCCUUAGUGUUCUGAUGAAAACAUCUGUGAAUGGCAGUUCCGUUGUGCCCAACUUUUUGUCUCCUUAGACUACUACCGCAGUGCAGAUGGGCUGCUGCGUCUAGUGCCCAGGGGCUGGCGCAUGCGUAGAAAGGCGGGAGAGGACAGAUGCAGCUGGUUAUGGUUAGAGCAAGGUGAAGCGGUCCUGCAGACUGGGGACCGCUAUGGUGGAGCAAACACAUGGCCAGUGUCACUGACAGGCAUGAGGAACAGUGUCGUGAGGCCAGAUCUUUCUCUGCAGAAAAUAAUAAUCACCAAAGCCAAGAGAAGUGAAAGCUUCUCUGCCAACAUAUGGGUCUUCGCAUUAAGAGUGGUUUCAUAGUCCCAGCUCAGAGGUGAUCCUUGUCUCCCCAGUAGAUCUGCUCUCUGCUCAAACUUUUCAUUUCCCUUAACUGUUGUCAGCAGUAGUGAUGAUACUUGCUAAAGUUACUAAAACUCAUUCAGACUUUCUCUUUCCGUGCCUCUGCCGGCAUCAAGGGAGGCUCCUUUUGACACGCCACGCGCACACAGAUGUCCUCUGCCCAGACUCACCUCCUCUUCCUUUCCUCAUCGCUCUCCUCACUUUCCAAGCCAAUCUUAACUAGCUCCAUUGUUCCAUUUUCACACCAGAUUUCUGAGAUGCCAAAAGAAUAUCCGAGAUUAUUCUUAGAGAAAGUCAAAUCUUGAAUUUCUAAACUAUUUUCCCAAAUAUUAUCAAAUCCAGUUAGGUACGGGCUCCAUGAAGUAACAGGGUCGAAUGAUAGUAAACACCUAGUAGCAGAGUCUUCUGUCCCUCUCAGCUUUGUUCCUUUAGGGAAGUUUUUCUUGAACGCUUCUCAUGCCAGGUGUCGUGGGCAUUUCAAUUCCACAAUCAUGCUUCGCUUAAAUAGAAAGGCCUUUGGCAUAUACGAACAAUCUCAUAAUUAGCCCCUACCAAAUAGUGUUUCCUCAGCAACUCUGACUUGCCAGGAAGUCCCAGGCUUCUACCAAGCCUGGACACACACUGGUGGUGUGAGUGACCAUGCAGACACAGCUUGGGACGCAAAGACCUGCUUACCAGCCUUGCUGUAGAGAAGGGGCGGUUCAGUGCAGGCAGAAGCAACUUUCCUCAAGAUGGUAAGAACACUAAGUAUGUCCAAGGAAAACAACCUCCUCUCUUGGCCAAGUAACCUGACUUUUCUCCUAUCCGUAAAGGAAUAUUGAAACACUAACUGCUUUAAGCUCUGUUCAUCCUUAUUUCUUCCAUCCACUAUCCUAUGCCCUUACUCUUACUGUUUUCCUUCACAUGCCUCUUAUUCACAAAUAUCUGAAAGUUAUUUCAGCUAUGCAAUAUGCAACGACUUUCUAUAGCUUCAGAAAACCAGACAGAUAGAAGGUUUUAGUUCAGCACAAGCUAAUCCACGUAGGUUUAUAAACUCCAAAGCAAUAUUGUAAAAAAAAUCUCUACAGUUUCCAAAGCCAUUCUCUUCCUAAGAACACAAACGUCUCACCUUUGUCCUGGGAACAUGUUUAAUAUUGAAUAAGCGCAUUGUAAAUGCUUUCCAAAGCAGAUUCUAAAAUGACUAAAUAAGAGGCCAGAUUUCAAAACAUAGCCAUCAAAGAAAACAACACUUUACCCCUUUGUGAUCAGUUAAAAUACCCUUGCAAAAACUGUAACUGCUUAGGUAAUUUACCUGAUCACACGACAUUGGACCAUAUUUUGAAAGCAUAGGUCAGACAUUGAUUUUCUAAGAUAGACAGGAUAAAUGUACUACAUUGGAGCAACAAAAGGACCUGAUUGUGAAUCCGAACACUCAUUAUUACUUCCUUCAUAAGCUCUUAAGUAAUACUCUAACCUUAGGGGUCUUCUUUGGAGUUGUCUGAAUAAUCUUUAUAAAGCAAACACAUAAAUGCCCUCUUCCUUUUGAGGCCUGGAUUUCUAAGUGCUUCCUGUUCAAAACCUUAGGAGCUGAGAGAGAACAUGAAAUCGAGAUAACCCCACGUAGAAGAUUGCCCUGGAAAUCUUAUACAGCUCACCAAUCCAUACUAUUUUAUUUUCUCUUUCUGGAUCAAAAACAAACCACAUUCUUAGGUGUUUUCCUCUUACAUAUAAUUUAACUUGAUAGAAAAAAAAAAAGAAACUUCACCUGCCUGCUCUUAAGCAAUGCAAGUGGUAGAAACAAAUGCGAAGGGUAAGGCACUCAGACGCAGGUUUCCUUCUACCCAAGUGAAGUAGCUCUUCCCCACGGCUCCAGCGUGCGGCGGAGCCUUCGUCUCCUGCAGUCAGGUGUGUUGAUUCCAACAAGUCCGUGUCGCACCUGCAUCGAGGAGAAUAGGAUGGGCCCUAAAUUUGUCUUUGGGGCUUCUGUGUCAACGAGAUUGACUCCACACACCUUACCUGAUUUCCAUCCUUUACAACCAUAUGGCUGGUUCUAAAUCCAACCCCAAAUAUAGAUUCUGAGCAUGCAAGCUAAACAAAUUCAUUUGUUUUGUGGCCAAAGACAUGAACACAUCUGUGACACAUCUGUGACUGAACAGUUCACCAAACAAAAUGUCCAUUCUUCAGUUUCAUCCUGGGGCUGAAUCACUCUCCAGCGGGCAGGAGAGCAGGGUUCAAACAGCUUUAGUCUGGCGCCUAUGGAUUUUAUGUGUAUCUUUAAGUAUUUUAAGUUUCAGAGCUUACUUGGGAAGCCGGUGGAGGUUCCUUCUGCUGAUGUCACCUUACCGUUUGUUUGGGUUCCUCUUUGAAUGAAUGCCCUAAAAGACACAGGCCUAUGACAGCAUAUGACUGCGGCAGGUUACCAAAAAAGCCAGAUAGACACAAAGUAAUAAAAUUGUCCUGUUUGACAACUUAGGAGCAGCCCUAACUUCCUCAGAAACCCUAGCCAAUUGACAGAAAAAAGCAAACUACACAGUUUGGUACGCAGGCCAUCUGACUGUGGGAGCCUUACCGUCUUCCGAGCUGAGCCCCCAGUAAGGGAAGGUGCAGGUAUGACUUCUGAGCUGCUUUGCCUCCCUGUGAAUAAAAGGAGAUUGGGGAUUAGUGAGCAGAGCAUGAGGCCUGUCCUCCCUCUGCCACCAGUGGAACCCAUGUUCCACCUGCAGGCAACACUCCUGUGGCUUACAAAGUUUUCUUUGAAGUGCCAAUGUACGGUCAUUUUAACAUCAGGUUAAAGCACCUUUAAUCUUUUGUUCUUAUUUUAAAAUAAUAUAUUUGUGAAGUGGAUAAAAGAAACACUGGAAGUAGGGUGCUGGAAAGUUCAAGUGUAAAAAAUAGGAACCAAGUCUUGGGAAGGCUUAUCUGGCUUUGUAAAUGAGUCUGGAAAUGAAUGAGAGCUAAAUAUAUAAAAUGGUUGUCCUUUUGUCAUUUUUAACUCAGAUCUGUAUUUAACACUUAUUUAUUUGUUAGCUUUUAUAUUCGUUUUUAAAACAUGAUUUCAUCAUUUUUGUAAACUCAAGAGCAGUUCUGAGUAGCCUUUUCGUUACCAAUGGACCACUUACCAUUUGUUAGUCUACACAGCCUCUUUUGACUGUAUUCUUUUAAUAAAUGUAAAAUAUUUGUA